AGCCAUUUCUUUCGUUCAAGUCAUUCAAUAAGAACCUGUUUCUUUUUUUUUGUGUUAUUUUCUGCCAUGGGUUGGGGUGGCUACGGCAAAGGUGGCUAUGGGUGGGGCUUCCCCCCCAUGAUGAUGAUGCCUUGGGGAAAAGGCAAGGGAAAGGGGCUCCGAGGCUUUGCGAACGAGAAGAAAGUGUGGAUUGGAGGAUUGCCCGCAGGGCCUACCAGCAUUGAGACCAACAAGAAGCUGAAGGAGCACAUGGCCCAGGCUGGUGAAUGCAUCUUUGCCGAGAUCAACAAGAGUGGAAUUGCAGGGGCCGCAUAUAAGACACCAGAAGAGGUGCAGAAGGCUGUGGAGAUGCUGAAUGGAUCUACCUUUGAAGGCCACACCCUGGAAGUGGACGUUUGGCAAAAGAAGACACCUGAGGGUGGCCAAUGAGAUGCCAACGAGAUGCCAAUGAGAUGCAGGGAGCAUCAGUGAGGUUGGCGGAUCAUGGCUGAUGAGAUUGGCAGAAAUUGGUACGGACUAAGUGACUCAGUACAAUGCACCAACCUUUAGCUUUCCUGCUAUAGACUCAUUACAUUUCGUCGAUUUUGGCAGGUU